UUUUCUUUCAACUCUCUCAGAAUGACAAACUUCAUUUACUUUAAACUACAGGAUCCCAACAAGAGAGGCAGGUGUGUUGUGUUGAGAAGCAGAGCCGAUCGCUGCCCCCUGUUGUUCAGAUAUAAUUUUGACGAUGAACAGUGAAAUCUUCAUCGUGUCCAUAGUGGCUCUGCUGCUGGUUCUGAUGGUUCUGAUGGUUCUCUGCUGGAUCCUCAGACGGAACAGAAUGAAAAACGUCACAGAGCUGCAGAUCUCAGCAGGACAACCUGCUCGUGUCAUGAUCAAAACCGAGGCAGACAACGCCCAAGACAUGCUGGACCGCCUGCUGGACCGAGUCUUUCUCCAGGAGGAACUUGAUGACGAAAACUCUACACCUGAUGAGGAACUUGGAGAAGAACGUAGACCAUCUCCACGGUUUUCAAUAUCAGCCACUCUUCCCAUGAAAGCCGCGAACCCUGUUCGUGGCAGACUGUGGCGCUGGAUGACUCAUAGAGCUCCUCCUAAAGAAGCCACUCCAGCCCCUCCUACUCCUCCUCCUCCCACCGAUGAGGAUCAAACUGACGAUCAAACUGACGAUCAAACUGACGAUCAAGCCAACGGUAUCUCCUCUCAGGACGCCUUCAGCAGUGGGGAAGAAGAGGAAGAGAAGAAAUCUGAAGCGCCACAAUUUUAGAGAUAUAUCAACUAUUAAAAUAACAGCCCUUCAUCCUAUAGGAUGCAUAACAUUAAAAUACACACUGUCUGAAACUGUCAAAUAAAACACAUAUGUUUAAA